AUGUUUGCGAAGCCAAAGCCUGUGGGGGAGUAUGCCCACGAUGGACACCCCAUCGUCAGUCUCAUGCGGGAGGCCAACCGCCAAUGGCUGGCAUACGAUAACAGUCGCUCUACGAAUUUCCGCCGGACAGUGACCAAAUACCGUGAGACAUAUGGGCGACACCCACCACCAGGCUUUAAAGAGUGGUACAUGUUUGCGCGCAAGAAGAACGCGCACAAUGUGGACGACUUCCAGCAGAUCACUGGCGACUUGCGACCCUUCUGGGCGUUGCCUCCAGCCGAGAUUCGCAAAAUGGCAGCCAAGCUCCAAAACAGCGAUGGAAUUGCUGGGGUACGUAUCCGCAACCAUGAAGUUUCUAUCGACAUUGAAGAUUGGCGGCCGGAGACGCUGCGGGAUUCGAUCGAACGCAUCGCCAAGUAUCUCCCAGAUAUGGAUAUUGCGCUCAAUCUGAUGGACCAGCCUCGAGUCAUGGUAUCCUACAACGACACGCAGGAAUAUCUCCGCAUCGAGGCGCUAACCAGAAGUCUGCCGAUCGAUGCUCAAGAUCAAUUCACUUCGGGUAUGGAUCAUCUGUAUGAAAAAGAUUCCACCGUCGAGGGUGUGGAUCCAGAAUGGUUUUCAAUCGCAGGACAGCCAUACAUGAACUUCGCCAGUGAAUCCUGUCCGCCUGAUUCCCCUGCUCGUGCCAACAUCACGACCGAGGAUGCUAAUAAGCUAUACAAGUCGCCGUCGGCUGGCUUCAUCACUAAUUUCACCGCUUCCUCGGAUCUGUGCACGGUCGGUCCUGUUCUCGGAGACAAGCAUGGAUUUUUGUUCUCAGCUUCCAGCAAUGUUAUUUCAAGGAAGUUGCUCCCGGUCUUCAGCGAGUGCAAGGUCAGCGUGAACAAUGACAUCUUGUUCCCCGCAAACAUGUACUUCAUGAAGGACAAGCGGUAUGUCUACAAUUCACGACAUGAUUACGAAUGGGAGUACAAGUCCGACACUCUCCUCUGGCGCGGCGUCACCUCUGGGGGUGUCCAACUCGUUGAUAAUUGGCAUCAGUUGCAUCGUCAACGCUUCGUCCAGAUCGCCAACAGCACCGAGAUGGAAUCACGAACAGUCCCAAUCCUCACUGAGAACAGCGUGAAGCAGUAUCAAAACUUCUCAGAUUUUAACCCCAGUAACUUUUCAUUGGACCACUUCGAUGUCGGCUUCACUGAAGCUUGGGGCUGCAUUCCCAACUGUUCAUUCUACGACGACGUCUGGACAUACAAGGAACCCAAAGACUUCAGCCAGCAAUUCAAAGCAAAGUACCUAGUCGAUAUCGACGGACACAGCUUCUCUGGCCGCUGGCGUGCCUUCCACCUCAGCAAAUCCCUAGGCAUCAAAGCCACCAUAUUCCGUGAAUGGCACGACUCGCGACUCUUUGCCUGGCGCCAUUUCGUUCCGAUGGACAAUCGCUACGAUGACCUAUACGCAUUGAUGACCUAUUUUAUUGGUCUGGGCAACUCCUCGUCCAGCGCAUUGCCCGCGUCCAGCGCAUUUCCCGCGUCCAGAGAGCCAUACGUGCAAAGCCACGACUUCGAGGCUGAGGUGAUUGCCGCUCAGAGUCGGGAAUGGGCGCAGCAGGCAUUGCGCAAUGAAGAUCUUGACAUUUAUCUGUAUCUUCUUCUACUUGAAUACGGUCGCAUUACAGACGAUAAUCGCGAUGGCAUUGGGUACAGUGGCGACGGAAGCGAACUGGACCACUUUGAUGCUCAACACCCUUUUUCUAUGCCGAUACAGAUGGUCGUUGGUGAUCAUCCUGAUACCCCUUGA